ACGGAGGUAUCAGAAACGUCACCACUCUCCACAUAGCCACAUUUGAGGUCUUGGCGAACACGUAAAGAAGUUAUUAGAAAAUAAUACAUUUUCAGAAAUGUAGCUGUGAGGGACUAUUGGAAACAGUGUUUACAUUAUUCACAAUUUAAUUGGGGGAUUUAUGUUAAAACAAAUGGAUUGCGGCUGGCAUUAUUCACUUUGUUAAUGGAGUUCAUAUGAGCAUUAGGCGAGGGAUGAUGAAAGUCUCCUUUUCUGUGGGAAGACACAGCGCUGCUGUCCAGGCUUGUUGUGCCCCGGAGCAGAACCCUUAAAGGCACGGAACGGUGCUGGAUUAUCCUGGUGUGGGGGGCGGGGUGGAGCGAAGGGAUAGGACCCGUGAGACUGGCAGCGAGACGGUGUGGGUAGAGGUGGGCCCGCCAUGUUUGCCAAACUGAAGAAGAAGAUCGCGGAAGAGGCCGCCACCGCUCCUCGGACUGGCGGCCGGAUCCCGCGCUCCGUCAGCAAGGAGUCCAUCACCUCGGUGGGAGCCGACUCUGGCGACGACUUUGCGUCGGACGGCAGCAGCUCCAGGGAUGACCUGUCGUCCCAGCUGCUCCGGAGGAACGGUCAGAUCCGCAAGCUGGAGGCCAGGCUCUCUGACUACGCUGAGCAGCUCCGAAUUUUGCAGAAGACCAAGGACAAGCUCGAAAUUGCGUUAGAAAAGCACCAGGAUUCAUCCAUGAGGAAACUGCAAGAUCAGAAUGAGCUGUACCAGGCCAACAGAGCCAAAAUGGCUGAAGGCAUGGCCUUGGCUCUUGAAAAGAAGGACCAGGAAUGGCUUGAAAAGAUGUCAGCGCUGGAGCAGGAGAAAUCAGCGCUGUCGGCGCGGCUGGAUGAGAUGACGGAGCAGAGCCUCAGCCUGUUCCAGAAGAGAGACGACCUGGACGAGCUGGAGGGAUUCCAGCAGCAGGAGCUGGCUAAGGUCAAACACAUGCUAAUAAGGAGGGAGGAGCAGCUGGCUCAGCGGGAGCGGGAGCUGCAGCAGCAGGCAGGGGAGCUCCAGGUAGCCCGCCAAAGACUGACUGAAGCCCAGGACAAGCUGGAGCAGCUGGAGGAAGAAAGCCAGGAAAGCUCCAGGCUCUAUACAGAGCUGCAGGCCGAGAGGCAGGAGCUCCUUGGCAUCAGAGAGGAAGCGGAGAAAAAGAUAACAGAGCUGGAGGGCAGAGGUCAGGAGCUCCAGAAUGUCAUCCUACAGGUGUCUGAAGACUUCCAGAAGUCUCAGGGUACGGCAGUGGGGCUGGAGAAGUCUCUCCACUCCCUGGAGGCCGAACAUGAGGCUCUGAGACUGCAGCACGAACAGCACAAACAGAAGGUGCUGGUGGCCGAGGAGGAGAAGGACCGCCAGGUCUCCGAUCUGCAGAAGAAGGUGUCCUCCCUGGAGCGGCGUCUCCAGGGCAACCUGACGGAGGACGAGCACCUGGAGGAGCUUCUGAAAGAGAAGUGUGCUCUGGAGCAGAAGGUGGAGGAGACGCGGACGGAGCUGCUGGAGACGCGCACCAGCCAGGCGGAGGCGGUUAGCGCUUUAGAGGCGCAGAUAUCCCGGCUCAACGGGAAGGUGGCCGAGCUGCAGACGCUGCUGAGGCAGAAGGAGGAGAGCUGGAGCUCCUACAGGGAGAGGACGGAGGCGCAGAUCAGCGCUCUUGAGCAGCGAGUGCAGGAGAGCAGCGACAGGCUGAGCAGCAGCGAACGACAAGUAGCUGAAAGAGACGAGCAACUACAGAAACUGCAGGCGGAGGGGAGCAUAGAGAGGGAGCGUCUGCAGCAGCAGGGCCUGGAGCGGGCGGGGCGCCUGGAGACGCAGGUCACCGCCCUGGAGACGGCGCGGGACCUCGACCGGGUCGCCGCCCAGCACCGCAUUAGCGAGCUGGAGCGGGAGGGCGACGCCCUGCGCGAGUCCAGGUGUGAGGUGGAGAGCGCUCUGAAGAGACAGACGGAGGAGCUGGAGCAGGCCAGGGCGGAGCUGGCCAGCAGGCAGACCGUGAGCGUGGAGAUCGCCAAGGCCCUGGAGGAGACCAGAAAACAGAGGGAGGAGCUUCAGCAGCAGGUCGGGGAGAUGACAUCCACACUAAAGGCCAAGGAGGAGGAGCUGGCCAAGGUCACCGAGCGACUGGGGCAGAGGGAGGCGGAGCUGGGCGCACUUCAGGAAGAGCUGCGGACUGCGCAGACGGGGCUGUCUGCGCUGCAGGCGGAGGCGGAGGGUCUGCGCAGACAGGCGGAGGAGCGGGAGGAGGAGAAGGACUCCCAGAUGGCCCUCCUGAGGCAGGAGAUCCUGACUCAGACACAGCAGCUGGACGCCUGCCAGUCCCGGGUUUCGGACUUGGAGGUUGAGGUGGAGAUGUUGACGGGGCAGCUCCAUGCCCCGGAGGAUUGUGGGAAGGAGCAGAACGGGUCUGUCACGGUGGAUGACUUGGCUCACAUGCAGAAAAUUAACAAAGAGUUGGAACAGCAGCUGAGCGAGAAGAAUAAGACGAUAAAGCAGCUGCAGCAGAGGCUGGCCGAGCUGAAGAGGACCCUGCAGAAGGAGCUGAAGUUGAAGCCAGACCAGGAGUCUGAGGGGAGGGAGAGGCUGGCGGAGGGGAGGGUGGAAAAACCGGAGGGGCCAGAAAAGCCGUUCCCUGAGGCCCCGCCCCCGGCCGUCUCCAGCGCCACUGUCACCAACAACUCUGACCUCAACGACUCCCGCGAGAUCAACUUCGAGUACCUCAAGCACGUGGUGCUCAAGUUCAUGUCCUCCAGGGAGGCUGAGGCGUACCAGCUGAUAAGAGCUGUGUCUGUGCUGCUAAACUUCACGCGUGAGGAAGAGGACAUGCUGAAGGAGACUCUGGAAUACAAGAUGUCUUGGUUUGGAUCGAAGCCCCCGCCGAAAGGCAUCGUUCGGCCGUCUGUUUCAGGAGCCCCUGCCCACUGGAGCUGAGCUAUGGGAGGAAAGGGCCCCGGCCUCUGACCCCAACCCAUAUCUCUCCCUGUCACUGUGGCAACCAGGCCUCUUUUUAUAUCUGAGACGCUUUUUAAUAAGGACGCUGUUGAGAGCUUUUAAACACUUCCUCCCGGAUUCCUGUGUAGCUUCAUACGUCUCCUCUCGGAGAUCAAUGAUACUCUUUUUCUUCUUGCUCUUUUAUUUUUCUUCUUUCUUCUUUAAGAGAAGAAAGGACAGUGGCUGGGGACGGAAAAGGCUCCUUUAAGCCGAUUAAAAGGCAAGACAAAUCGCUAAUCAGAUUUUAUUACCGGCUAUUUAUUUUUAUUUUUGUCAGUGAUUUCCACUGACCGGGGACUCAAAGGCUUAUCAGAGAAGACCUACAUGAUCUUUGUCUGUGUAAGAGCAUCCCUGUUUAAGUGGAGAUUUGGGAGAGACCCCAGCCUUGCUUUGGGAUGAAACGGUCACAGGGGGAAGGAUGGCGAUGAAGUUUGUGGCUCUACUCUGGAUCGAGACUUACAAACAACUGCCGUAGCACCAACCUAACGGAAAUAAAACCAGUAACCAUGUUGCACAGAUUUGGACACCAGAAGAUUGCUGCUGAUUUAAGUUUUUGAUGUCUGGUUUACAUGCAUGUCAGACAGGAAGUUGCAAGGGUGUCAGGAAUCUUCGACUUAUAGUAUGACUGCGGUUUGAUAGAUGGACCUGAAGGUUGCAGGUUUGAAUCCCAGGUUGGGUGCUCCUGUUUGCACUGCAGUAAAAUGCUUGAGUUAAAUACCCAACUUCGUAAGUGGGUAGUACAGUUACAGUAUAUCAGCUCUGUAGGUUUCCCUGGGUAUUAUGGUCACCUGCUAAGCAGAGUAAGAAACAGUGUGAUGUGUUGAAACCUGAUUGGUUAUCACAAGACUGGCCAAUGUUAGUUUAAAAUUGACAGAGGUGCUUUGGUUUAUUAAAGCUGCGUCUGUUCACAACUAUUCCUUAUCAAAUAAUUAUAUGACUAUUCUAUAUUAUUAGAGGUAUUGCUUUAUAUAUGAGGUCCUUAAGAACUAAGAUAAACACGUCCCAGACCAUCAGACACUCAAAUUGAGGAUAGUUUCUACUAGCUAUGAUUAGAACCUGCAUUGGCUUAAUUGGUACAAGGCCAUCAGGUUCUCGGUAUGCAUCCGUGCAGAUGGCUGUGUGGGAAAAGCCUUCCAAAUUCACAUCAGGCAGGACAUUUUUCCCAUGAUGCUAUAUUCUCCCUUCGUCUGCAGAAAGGGCACAUUUUAGCGAGGGCAGGAGAUGGGAAAAGUAAAUUUCAGCGAGUUGCAUUCAGCCUUCAUUUGGCUUGCUGAUGAGGUCUGGGAGCUUCUGGGUUUCUUCUCUGAAACUUGAAUUUCAGAGAGGAAAGCACUUUGUUAAAGCUGAUAUAAGUACAGGAAAGUCGGCCAAGAUUACCCAGCAGCCUCCACUGUGUACCGUGCACACAGUCAGGGUGCUGGACCUGGCCCGCCUUCCCACCCUUUAGGCUGGCUAAGUCUGGCGUAGUACCUAACGUUAACCCAAGGCCUCCUGCCCCCAACAUCACUCACCAUUGGAUUGCCUCCAUUCACCGAUUUUGACUGAUUAACAUCUAGAAGCCAAUUAGAACACUGCAGCUUUGGUUUCCUAGACUUUAUGUACCACAUUAGACUUUUUUUUUUUGCUUUGACUAAGGACCUUGUUGGUGAUAAUUAUUGUAUUAUGAGAUGUUUUCCAUUCCCCUCCUUCAGAGAAAGGACAAGAACAUUUUGAGAGUAUGAAAAUGAACGCACUUCAGAGAUGUGACCGUGACGACCCUGCUCGAACCGCUCCCUCUCCGGCGUGGCAGACCCUGACUAUGCCCUGAUGGCUUUUGGGGGAUUUUUUUUAACUUUUCUUUUGCAAGUUUCUAUUAAUCUGAAGAACCUGGUUCUCCCCGUCAAGAGAAUUUUCCACUUUUCUGUCGAGUGUGUGGACAUUUUCGAAAGCACCGACGGAGCGGGAGGGACCUGCAGCUAAUGGCUUUGGGUUUCCUAGGCCAGGGGCUACGCGGGGAGAUGGGACAGCUCUUUAACUGUAAAGCUGGAGGUGCAUCUGAGCAAGCAAAUGUCAAAACUAAAAUUCUGGGAAGCCUACCUUUACAUGCCUUGUGUUUGUGUAAAAUACAUUCCAUAAGAUUAUUUCUAUAUCAAUAACUGUACAUAACACUGAGAAAUUUAUAAAUCCCUGGAUGUACAUUACUUUGGUUGAAGCCCUUGCCAUAUUUUGUUCAUAUAUUUAAAAAUAUAUAUACCAUAUAUAUGUUUAGAAUAUAUAAAACAGUAUUUGAUCUUGA